GUCAUAUUUGGCUCUGUACAAAGACUAAAUAAUUUUUUUAUUGAAUAAACGUCUCUUCUGGCCUCCAUCUUUCCCUCGAAAUUCUGUUUCCCAACCCAGCUUCCUUCUUCUCUCCACAAGCAUCCGUCCUACUCUCUCUCCUCCCCCCCUCUUCACCAUUUUCGUGUCCAGAAACCUGUUGAAGGAUUACUCUCAUCUGAGUAUUUCUCUCAUCGUCCCAGAAUCGACAUCAACGGAGUGAAAAACGCAACGGCAGACUUUUUUUUUUUUUUUUUUAUUCCCUAGAAUCCAACGACAAUCUUGCAUAUUUCAACCCAAAAACCCUUGGUACAUUUGGGGUCAUAAGGAUAUGCUUGUGGGUAAAUGAAGGAUUGGAGCUUGGCAUUUGGUCUUGUUUGGGUUUCUGCAGUGGCUAUCAGGUUGGACGUAACAAUGGCAGGAGUGAUAAGAAAGUUUUUCAUUGCGUCCAUGUUUAUGUGGGUUGCUCCAGUUGCAAUAUUGUAUGGUUUUAACCAUAAUUUACUUCCUGGUUCAACACAGUUGUCUCCCCAUUAUCUGACGCUGGUUAGUGGCUUCCUUGCUGUCAUAUCUGUCAAUGUUGUUAUUGCCCUCUAUGUAUAUAUGGCAAUGAAGGAACCUUCAGAUAAGCAUGAGCCAGAUCCUGCAUUUCUUGCUGAAGCGAAAGCUAGUGUCAGUCAGUCUACAAAUCAAGCUGAUAAUUCUUCCCAGCCAGGAAAGAAGCAACAAUAGUUUAAACUUAAGACUUUCUCGUGUACCAAAAAAAGAAGUUAAAAAAAAUGCGGAGAAAACUUGCUGGUUGGAUAAUUGUCAAAAUUUCACAUGAUAAAGUUAUUCUCAAGCUUGGUCUUAGAUUAUUAUUUAUCUUUGGCUCACUUUUUACUUGUCAAAAGAUUAUUAUAUUUUGUUACACCCGGAUUUUGAUGUAUUCUUAUUUUUAUUGGGCUGGAUUUGCAGUCAAAUUCUUCUUGCAUUAAAUUUAUGAUUCCUCAGGAGCAGUUGCAUGAUAGCAGCCUGGUUGACCAGGCAGAAGCUUUCCUUGGAUGAGCGAGAGCCUCUUCUACAUGGGGGGCUUAUCUUUGUUCAUAUAGACGGUACAGUGAAGAGCAUUGCGCGUGUAGCGAAGCUGUGCAGUGGGUCUGUCUGUGUGGCUUGAUUGAGGGACCCUCAUUAGUUUGUAAGGACCUUGAUCAUUUUCUUUUAUUGUUGUGCUUGUAUUAAAGAUUGAGGGCUCUCUCUGCAACUUGGUUGUGUUCA